AAUGAGGAUGGCUGUCCCAUCAUGCAGCGCGGCUGGAUUCUCCCAUCGUGACCACCACAUCCAGACAGAGCGGUGAUGGCGGCCGGUUAGAUCCACACGUAAACAGCGCCUUCACAUAGCCGCACUCCCCGAAGCACCCUGGGGCAGUCAGUGUCUCCCACCGCGGAGGUGCCAGUGCCAUAGGCAGCGUGCGGAGACGCGGGGAUUUCUCGGCGGCCGUUACAGCCUUAUAAACAAAACAAAUUUACAUAAAAAAGAGAAAGAAAUAAUUAAAACAUGGAAGAGAACCCUGGAGGAGGAGGAGGAGCGGCCGCCCCUCGACAGCCGCCGCCGCAGCAGCAGCAGGGGAUCAGUAGUAGCGCUAAUCCUUUGGUCGGAGCUGUCAUGGUGCCACAGCAGAACGAUGACCUGCUCCGGCCGCAGCAGCAGUACACCAUCCCUGGAAUCCUGCAUUACAUCCAGCACGAGUGGGCCCGAUUCGAAAUGGAGAGGGCACACUGGGAAGUGGAGAGGGCUGAGCUCCAGGCCAGGAUAGCGUUCCUGCAGGGGGAGAGGAAGGGCCAGGAGAACCUGAAGAAUGACCUGGUUAGAAGAAUUAAAAUGCUAGAAUAUGCUUUAAAACAGGAAAGAGCAAAAUAUCACAAGUUAAAAUAUGGAACGGAGUUAAACCAAGGAGAGAUGAAGAUGCCAAGCUUUGAACCAGACACCAAAGAGUCUGAAGUUUCUGCUGUUCCUGCAAAUAGUCAGCUGACAUGGAAACAAGGACGGCAGCUACUCAGGCAGUACCUGCAGGAAGUGGGAUACACAGAUACUAUCCUUGAUGUUCGGACUCAGAGGGUUCGCUCUCUUCUGGGACUGUCGGGUUCGGAGCAGAACGGAGCUGUGGACAACAAAAACCUGCAGCACCUCAUCAAUGGGACCGAGCGUUGCAAAGACAGCAAGAGGAUUCCCAGUGAUGAUCUGGAAACAUUCAACUUCCUGGAGAAUGCCGAGGACAGUGAUGAGGAUGAGGACGAGGAAGGAGAUCUGAUGAAUGACAUAAACAUUGACAAACACCACCGAGCUAAAAAACACAAGACCAGGGUGGGGAACGAGGGCUUAGCAUCGGAAGAUGAUGCAGAGACAGAGGAGGCCCUCAAAGAGUUUGACUUCCUGGUGACAGCAGAGGAUGGAGAAGGAGCCGGCGAAGCUCGGAGCUCCGGAGACGGGACAGAGUGGGCCGAGCCCCUACCUUUUUCCUCUGGCGGGGGGAAGUCUUUCUUACUGGGGACGUCAGACGAUGUUUUGGAGAGCAUGCUGGGUUUGGGUGACCUCGCUGACCUCACCGUCACCAACGAUGAGACAGAUUUUGGCUACGAUCUGUCAUCCAACAAGGAGUCUUCCUUCAGGAAGACCUGGAACCCCAAGUACACGUUGCGGAGUCACUUUGAUGGCAUACGAGCGCUGGCGUUCCACCCCGUCGAGCCCUGCCUGGUCAGCGUAUCCGAAGACCACACCCUCAAACUGUGGAACCUCACAAAGACCGUUGCUGCCAAAAAAAGUGCCUCAUUCGACGUGGAACCAAUCUACACAUUCAGGGGUCAUGAUGGUCCCGUGUUGUCGCUGGCGAUGACCUCCAGUGGUGAACAGUGUUUCAGUGGCGGCAUCGACUCAACGAUCCAGUGGUGGAACAUCCCCAGCUCCAACGUUGACCCCUACGACACUUACGAUUCCAGCGUCCUGGCAGGUUCAUGGGCGGGGCAUACUGAUGCUGUGUGGGGAUUGGCUUACAGUGGCAUCAAGAACCGCCUCCUGUCUUGCUCAGCUGAUGGAACGGUGAAACUGUGGAACCCGGUAGAAAAAGACCCCUGCAUCAGCACUUUCAACACAAAAAAAGAUCAUGGGAUCCCCACAUCGGUGGACUUUAACGGUUGUGACCCCGCCCAUAUGGUGGUGUCUUUCAAUAAUGGAGAUGUGGUGGUUUAUGACUUGGAGACGUCCCAGAUCGUGUUGGUGCUGAAGGGACAAGGAGACAGCUCUCUCCCUGGUUUAAAUCAUAUCAAUAAGGUGGUGAGUCAUCCCACGCUGCCUAUCACCAUCACCGCUCAUGAAGAUCGGCAUAUUAAAUUCUUCGAUAACAAGUCAGGUAAAGUGAUCCAUGCCAUGGUGGCUCACCUGGACGCCGUGACCAGUCUGGCCGUGGAUCCUAACGGCAUCUACCUAAUAUCUGGCAGUCACGACUGCUCUCUACGUCUAUGGAACCUGGACAGUAAAACCUGCAUACAGGAGAUUACAGCUCACCGCAAGAAGAGCGAGGAGGCCAUCUAUGACGUGACCUUCCACCCCUCCAAGGCCUACAUUGCCUCUGCUGGAGCCGACGCCCUCGCUCGGGUCUACGUGUAGACGAGGGGGAGGAUGCAGGGUGACUGACAGAGGACAGGCUGAUCUGAACCCAGCCAGGAUUCAGGUCUGUUCAGAUUUCUGAACAUAGAACGUAUAAAUUAAGGUGAGACUGAAUCUCCAUCUGAAGACUGAAAACACACAAACACUCGCAUGCCAACGUGCACAGAGGGUUAGAAGAUGGAGCAGUAAGGUUUUCCUCCUGCCGACUGAAGAGACGGAGGCUUUCAGCUGCAGAAACAUCCUUCAGAUUCACAUCUGACCGUAGAUCUGACCACGCUGUAACUACAUGGAUGUAGAGAAAUAAAGCAACCUAAAGGAAAAAUCCCUCUAAAAUCAGCUCAGAGUUCAGCAAUUAGGUUUAAACAAAGAGAGCUUAAAUCAGCUGUUUGUGUCGCAUUGAUGGUGGUUGUACUUUUUUCCCUGAAUUUUUAACAACCUGGAACUCAGACACUUAAAUCCAUCAGUUAAGGCUGAAAGAUCAUAUCUUUGUAUUUAUACACACAAUAUAUAUCUGAUAAUUUAUUAUUACAGGUUGGUACUCUUCACACUUGAACCAGUCCUGCUACUGGUCCUUGUUACUGGUUCUUUUCAGAACUCUUUGUAAAAACAAUGUAGUUUCAGAUCUGAGUUUAAAUGUCUGAUUUAAUACGAGUUAGCUGAAAGCGUGACAGAACAAGAAAAAAAAACAUUUUUAUUUAACAAAGAAAAGUGAACAUGGAAACAUUUGGUCUGGUCAAAUAAAAAGCGUGCACCUGAACUCACCGCGAAGUCUUGCGUGUAAAAGACGAAGAGAUGCAGAAUUCUAAAUUUGCUUCGCUUGUUAAACUGGAGGAGUCAAACUGGAAACAAACAUGUCUGAUUUUAAAUAAAUAAGUUUAAAGAAGCCAAGAAAGCGGGCAACUCUGACAGGAAGCGAUGUAGAGGUGUGUUUCCUCCAGGGAAUUAUCCAUCACCUAAAAACAUUUAAGUCUUGUUUCUUACUCUGCUCAGCAAACCUGCUAAAAUAUUUGGUUGGUGUUUAUUGAUGCAGUUAAUGACCCUGCAGGAGGUCAUUAAACACAUCAGCUCAAACUACCAGAAUUUGCUGCAGCCCCCAGGAGGAUAAACACACUGCUGGUGGGACUUCACGGUGGACCUGACCAGAUGAGAUGGGGAUCAAGCCUUCCCAGGAGUUCAUGUUUCUCUUCACAGAAACAUGACUCCAUCUUGAAUUCCUAAAGAGCCAAAACCACCAGAGAUUCUGCAUCCAGGUUUUAUAGCUGGUUGCUUUAAUCUUGUGUCUGCACCAUAAAGCUUUCAGUUUAUUCAGCUGGAAUUUUAGAAACCUUCUUCAGUCUGAUGUUGGCCAUAUUGAUGCAGAAAAACCAAAAUGACAACAAAACAACAUCCUUCUCUUGGUGUUUCACCAACUUCAGACAGACUCACGCUCAGCUCUGUGACAUGACCUCCACUCCUCCCUGAGGAGCUCAUCAGCCUCUGGGACUCUGCUGAGGACCUGUGGACAUGUGGUUAAAGGAGCUUAAGUUUUCUCUCCUGUUCAGUUUGGUUCGUUGGUAGUUUGUCGAUGUGGCACGUCAGAAAUAAUGAGCCUGAUUUUCUCUCUUGUCUGUUUGGAAAGAACAACGCAAAUUAACUUCAGUUUUCAGAGAUUUAGGAUCUGAUGAAAGAAAGAAAAUGGCUGAUGAGGCGCUGAUUGAAGGAUGAAUACUUCAGAUUUUCUUCUCAGCACAGCUCUCAGAAACAUGAGGUUUUGUUCAUCUAAAUCAGUUCUGUUCCAGUUUUUCAACCUGAUCCGUCCUGGUUUACGAAAGCCCUAUAAUUGAAAACGAACAUCUUAUGUCGCCUCCAAUGAACCUGGGACAGCUUCAGAUCACCAGGACUGGUUCACUUCUACGGGUGUGCUGGAGAUCUAGGUCAGCAGAAAAGUUUUUCCAUCAUCCACCACGAACCAGCUCUCGUUAAAAUCUGACUAAUGAAGCAGAACCAGAUUCUGUUCCACCAUUAGAUCAGAACCGAGCCUGUGGAACUGAACUGAACCCCGAGUUCUGCUGUCGAGCAUCUGAGAGACGAGGACGUGGCUUUGCCUGAGACAGUUUGGGUCUGAGCAGAUCUGAGGGGGAUUUUUCCUUUAAACUUCUGUCUGGAUUGGACCGGACAUCUGAUGCCUAAACCCUCUGUGGUUUUGCUGUUAGAAGCUUCAUGUUUUAAUAAUCUUUAUUAACACGUCCGGAAAACAAACUUUCUUUUUAAACAUUUGUACAUUUUUUAAAAGAAAAAAAUCAGCUGGAGCUGAUUCAGUUUUUAGAAAAAACCGCAGAUGUUUAGAUGUCAGAUGUUUGUCCAAAUGAGAACAGCGGACUGGUUCUAGGCUUCAGCCCGGCCCAGGACAGGCCAAUCAGAGCCCUUCAUUUACUCAAGUUAACUGCACUUUUCAUUUGUGUGGAAUAAAUCUUAAUUUUUCUAAAACUUUUUUACAAACUUCUCUUUAUUUUUGCUGAGGUGGGUUCUGUUCCUCCUGCCCGUCUCAGAACCGAACCUGAAACUCACCACGACUGAAUAAAAGGUUUCAACUGAACGGAAAAACCAAAAGUCUUCGUGGCUGGGGAGACCUGGAGGAGGAAGGCAGCUGUAAGCGAACUGAAAGAAUUACAAUCUAAACGGGGAAUUUAAGUUUUAAUUUAUUUUAAAACGGUUCAGACACAAAGUUCUGAUCUGAAGUUUCUACACUGAGGAGGCAGUAGGAGAAGAGAAACGGUCUGGAUCUUAAGUUUUUCCCUCAGCUUGAUGGGAAAAACCAUGACAGGAAGUAAACAUCUCGACCCAGUGAUAAUCUGGGUUGGUUUUGUAACACAUCUGGAUACAAAUUAUGAAGAAAUACUUAAUUUUUACAUAAAUUCAUUAAAACUCCUGUUGAAAGCUGACAUGUAGAGACAAGAAAAAGCUUAUUUAGGAAUAAUUUGGUAUCCAGUCAACGGUGGGCUGUGAUUGGUGAGUGGUGCCUGAAGCCAGCACAGGUCCAGGUGGACUCUUCUGCUCCGUUUGGCUCCUCUUUGCUCAGCAGGAAGGUUUUUUCAUCUCGGUCUUUUUCACUUUCGUUUUUUUAUGUUUUUCUUGUCGGGUUUGUAAGCUGAGUGUCCUCUGAUUGGUCCAGACUCAUUCGAUUUUCUGUUUAGUUUUCAGCUGAUCAACUUUGUUACUCGAUUCUUCUGUUUGUGUAUUGCAUGAUUACUACAUAAAAAGUAUUUUUUCUAGUCUUCCAGAAACAAACAAAAAAAGGAAAAAAUAAAUUUUGAUCAGUUUGCAAGUUUGUUUUUUUGUUUUUUUGGGACUUCUAAACUUUGAACAGCAGAUUUUAAAGACUGUAACACAUUAGCAGAAUACAGCUGUUGAAAUGUAUAUAAAAUGUCUAAAAUAACUAUUAAAUGGUGUACCUGUA